AUGGACGAUAAAACUUUGCUGCUGACCUGUGUUGUUGGCUCGAUCAUCACCUGGAAUGUACGUGUUUUCUGAAGAUUUUCUGUUGAAAUGUUUGAGUUGAGGCUUAUUUUCGUUUGAAAUCGUUACUGAAGAAAGUUUCGGCUCCAGGAAAAGAUGAUUGGGUUCCAGUUGGACGUGUUGCAAGUCUUUUCAUUUAUCCGAUCAAGUCUUGCCAAGCCGUUCAGGUCAGGAAUUUUUAGAGGAUACUUUGGAAUUUUUUCAUAUUGAUUCCAGGUUUUCUCGUACUUUUGCACUGAGCUAGGUCCAGUUUCGAAACAAUAUUUCGACCGAUUUUUCGUGGUAACUGAUGGAAGGACUGGAAAGUCAGUGUUCCUGGAAUUUGUCUAUUUUUAUCGAAAUUUAUUGAGGUUCUUACACGGCUCGGACAGCAUCAAAAAUGGUUUUGACGAAAGUUGAAAUCGAGAACGGAAUUCUUGCGGCUGUCGCAUCCGGAUUCAGAAACUGUCGAAGUCGAUCUUAAUAAAGUUAGGGAAAAGAAUGAAGUUAAAACAGCAAAGUGAGUUUUUUCGAAAAAUGAUGAAUUAGGUUACUGGAAAAAAUGUAUUAGUCAGUUUGAAAAUAUGUGAAAUUUUUUUAUGAGAAAGUUUUUGAAAAAAAUUAGUCUUGACUAGGCGAAUAAGGCAAUAAUUGAAAAGUUUUUGAUGCAAUACCAUGACCAAUUUUUUUCAAACCGUCAAAAAGUCUAUCAUAAAAUGAUAGAAAAUAAAACUCUCAAAAAGACAAAGCAUGGAAUAUUUUCAUUUUCUCUCUCGAGAAAUUUGUUCUAAAAACUUAAUAUUUUUUUCUUAUCUCCUUUUUUUUGAGAUCACUCGACUGAACUUUUUAUCUUAUCUUUUUCGCUGAUAAUUAUCUGUCGCCUUGAGAUUGCACUGCAAUCUUCGAACUGACGGAAUCGACUGCGGCGAUAUCGCUGCCGCCUUUUUCUCGGCGGUCAUUCAUGAGCCGGGUUAGAAAAACACUCGUGAAUUCUCAAGUUUGAGUCCAAUUUGACAGAUGUCAGACUUUUGUGGUACCAAAAUGGGAUGUUCACUGAGAGAACCUGCGUCACAGAUCCCGAUUGGUGGAAUAAUCCUGUUCCGAAAAGGGUUGACGAUGUAGGUAAAGUUCAAGUCUUAGUUGCAAUUGAAGCUUUCGGUUUGAAGUUUGGAAGGUUAUGAAGAAAAAAAAAGUAUUAGGUUGAAGACAAGAACGUAAAAAAAAUUUUUGAUUGCGAUUCAAAUAGUCUACUUGAACUCGAAUAAUUAUUUUUUGAAGACGGAAAAAAAUGGAUUAGUGUCUCGGAAGCAACCUAGAUUGAGGCUGUUUAUCUGCAAAACAAAGUAUCGAUUUCUCUUCUACAGACAGCUUUUGCUGACCUCGCUCCCUACAUGAUCACUACAGAGGCGUCGCUCGAAGAUUUGAAUUCGAAGCUCGAAAAGCCGGUAUUCCAGCCAUGCCUUUCUUGAAUUAUAUUCUCUCUUCCCAGGUCAGUUCCAUCAAUUUCCGACCCGUGAUGGUGGUCAGCGACUGUCCUGCCUGGGACGAAGACCGUUGGGCCGAGAUCCGGAUCGGAGAUGACGUCCGUCUCGAAUGCUUCAAGCCGUGCACAAGGUCUGGAAUUUUCACUCGAAUGGGUUUCAAAUCAAUGUGAUAAAUCUUAAAUUUAUUUUCCACCUCACUUCAAUAAUAUUGAAGAGAUGAAAGCUAAAACAUUUUUUUUGGUUUUAUUCUUUUUACGCCAAAAAUUCUUGUUUUGUAUCAAAAAUAAAAGGAUCUUUUUAGAUGCAUUUUGACAACGGUGGAUCCAGCUACUGGUAUCAAAGACGGUGGGAUGCAGCCGUUGAAAAAACUCAAGGAGUAAUUUUUUUAUAAUGUUGCUCAUUCCCCCUAAUUUCAUCUCAUUUUCAGAUUCCGCAUGGCUCCCGAUGGCAAAAUGCGCGAUUCCCUCAAGGAUAGCCCAAUUUUUGGCGUCAACGCCGGUCUUGUUUCUCCGGUGAAAAUAUAAACCUACUAGAAAUUUUUGAGCCAAAGAUUUUCAGGGUUACGUUCACGUCGGACAAACCGUUUGGGCUCGCUAUAAACCGAGUGCUUUUUGA